AACGAACAAUUCGUCCAUCCAACCGGCGAACGAACCAGCGACACGUCACACCUACCCCACACCUGCGCACCCAAUCACUUGCAUGAACAAAGCUGAACCAGCCAGCAGAAGCAACCCCAAGUCCACACACAGCCUCUCGCACACUCACGCGCCACGCACGCACCACAGUGGUGAUCAUCAUCACCUUUCACGCACCCACACGCACGCACACCCACCCUCGGCUUCACACGCACGAACUUUCCAGCCUUUUCUCCCCCCCCCUCCCCCCCACUUCCUCUCAUCCGUGUUUUCCCCGCCCGACCUGCACAAACCUUGACCAGUAGGCCAAGCUCCCCUUGGAGAACCAACCAACCAACCAACCAACCCCGCAAAGAAGUCCCUCAGUCACACCUUGCGUUUGAUUUGAUUUGCCACAGUACAUUGAUCGCUGGUUGCUACCAGUUCCCCUUUGUCUCCCGCUUUCGCGUUGGCUUCAAAUCGACGAACACCAAGCAGCUACAAGACACCAGCCGGGUGGCUUGUCCCCUCCCGACCACCAACCAGCCAGAACAACAACAAAGAGGCAGAAGCACGCACGCACGCACCGCGUAAGCGUCAGCAUCAGCGACGAUCCAAGGACUUGAUUCGUUGUCGACAUCGAUGGCAACGCGCACGUGUGCAUACUCGUCCCCGGCCGCGUCCAUGCAAACCGGCUUCAGCCACAGCCCUUCGGGGCGACACAAGUACCCACCAGAGAUCACAGACCACUAUGAGGUGAAGGACACGAUUGGUACGGGCGGCUUUGCCAAGGUGAAGAUUGCCCGGCACAAGCUGACACACACCAAGGUCGCCAUCAAGAUCAUGCUCAAGGAAAAACUCAGACAAACGAACGACCUGAAGCGGGUUGCACUUGAGAUUGAGGCGCUCAAGGAUCUCAAGCACCAGAACAUCUGCCGCCUGUACCAGGUCAUCGAGACGGAGGACCGCUACUUUCUUGUGUUGGAGUACGCGCCCGGUGGGGAACUGUUCGACUACAUUGUCGCGCGCUCGCGCUGUAAGGAGCAGGAGGCGCGCAAGUUCUUCCGCCAGAUUGUGUCCGCCGUCCACUACAUGCACGGCAAAGGAUAUGUGCAUCGGGACCUCAAGCCCGAAAACCUCCUCCUCGACGCAGACAGGAACAUCAAACUGAUUGACUUUGGGCUAAUUGCGAAGACGUCGAGCAUCCAGGAGGACAUGUUGUCCACCUGCUGCGGAUCCGCUGCCUACGCCGCCCCAGAACUCAUUCGCGGCGAGAAAUACCACGGCGCUCCUGCGGACGUAUGGAGUCUGGGCAUCCUGCUGUAUGCGCUCUUGUGCGGGUUCCUCCCUUUUGACGACGACAACACGCAGCGCCUGUACAAGCUGAUCCAGCGUGGCACAUACGAGAUCCCCCCGUGGCUCUCAAAGGAGAGCGAGGAUUUUAUUGCCUGCAUGCUCAGGCACCGGCCGGAGCACCGCAUCAGUCUCGACGGCAUUCUCUCCCACCCCUGGAUGCUCAAGGGCCUUGACGUCCCUCGCAUCGACCCAUCUUCCACCAUUGAAGAACAUGGCGGCGUGUUGCACUCGGAGAGCGUUCAGGAGCUGGCGCGGUACUAUGGCACCAGCAUGACCCUCAUGGAGCAGUGGAUCAAGGAGUACGGGUACGGCGUCAUCACAGCAAACUACGAGCUGGUCAAGCAGAGAUUUCAGGACAACAAGCCAAUCAAGUUGCCGCGCGGCAAAGGCACGCUUCCUGCAGAGAAGGCCAUCGUACUCCUGAAGCUCAAGGAAACAAGACGAUCGAUGGACGGGCGUUCGUCGCCUCUCGCCACCAGCGCCUCCGUCUCCCGCAACACUUCAAACGUCUCCAUCACCACAGAGGACGUCGAUAAGCACCACCAGUCGCUAUCCUCGCCGGAAGAGGAGGACCAAGUCCGGCACGAUGUGGAGCCGGCGGGGAUGGCCACCGCCCCCGAUCGCGUCAUGUCGUCACCGCCGCGCCCACACCCGCGUCGCCCGGCCAAGGACUCGCUCGCACCGCAGCACAUGCUGGCGAGCGGCAGCCCGCGCUCUCCCGGCCGUGGUCGCAGCAGAACCGUGGGCGCUAGCGACACCCGCAACGUGCAGAACAUGCUGCUGACGUCACCAAAGCGCGCGGAUGCCUUUGGCGGCUCCAUGCAACACAUGGCGCAGUCUGAUGAUGACGAUGACGACGAGCUUAAGCGGCACACGAGCAACCCGUCCCUCUCGCCGGCGAAGAAGCGCCAGAGCGAGGGCGCACCGCACAUCCCGCCCAUGCAGCAAGAGAGAAGGGGGUCUGCGCUGAAGGCUGGCCUCGGCAGCUUGGCCCGAAGCCUCUUCAACGUGUUUGGAAGCAGGAACUUGACAGAGCCCCGCGUUGUGAAGGGCUUGUUCAACGCUGACAGCACAUCCUCCAAGACACCGGAGGCCGUUCUUGAGGAGAUUUGCCGCGUUCUCGCCGACGAGCACUGCGACUUUACGCAGAGAGGAUUCCACGUCCGUGCCAAGUUCCUCGAUGAUGAUGACAAGCACUACAUAACCAUUAACUUUGAAGUGUGCCGCAUUGACGGCUUUGCAGACGUUGUUGGUGUCAGACCCAAGCGCAUCAAGGGUGACACCUGGCGAUACAAGAAGAAACUGGAGGACAUUCUGCGCCAGCUGCACCUGUGAACUCACGCACAUGGACCGGUUUACGCCCGCCAAUUCAAAUCAGCAACAACCCCUCCCCCCGCUCGGGUUCCUGGUCGUUCUUAGCCAACCCCAACCCCUUCCUUCUUUCUUCUUUACGCCUCGCUGAGUCACUUUGCUGCGCUCUGCUUCUCGCCCAUCACACUGCCACUGCCGUCCACCUCUUUGGUGCUGCAGCCUACUUUGUCCCCCUCCCUCACCCUUUCAUAACACCUACGACCACCACAACCACCCCAGCACGACUUUUGCUUCCCUCCCUACCCCUCAAGCCCCUUCUUGUGACCCGUUGCUGUGGCUGGCGUUGCUGUCAACUGUGCACUUGAUUUCUGCCUUGUUUUGCUGCGUCCGAUCUUGCCUGCGUGGUGCUGUUUGUUACUUUCACCCACUGGAACUUGAACUUGAUGCUUUCUCUACUGCCCAUGCGAUCGUUUCUUCUCGUGCAUUUUUUUUUUUCAUUCAUAGUCUGCAUGCUCCAUGUCUGCCUCAUCGCCUGCCUGCUGGCUUGCCUGCGUUGUUAUUGCGUUUCAUUGUUUUGUUUUAUGCCGCGCGCCUACACGCCCGCGUUUGUAUCACCGUGUGUUUUGUGUUUGCUGGGUGAAGUCAUCACAUCACACCACGUGAAAUGAAAAUGACACAGAUCGCGCAAUUGAACAUUGUACAAAAAUGCAACA